AUGGCAGAAUCGUCGAUCGGAGAUGAUGUUGAGGUGACACCGAGCUCAGAUGUGCCGAGAGAAGCGGUGUUGAGAAUGAUGGAAGAUGAUAUUGAGUAUAUGAGGAUCGGGUGCGAUAAGCUCGCCAGAACUGAUAAAGCUACUUCAGAUCGGCUAGGAGCGUUGGAAAAAAAGAUCGCGACGAUGGGAUCAGAGUCAAAUUCAAGAUUGGGAGUAAUCGAGAGCCAGAUACUUUUGAUAACAGAAAUGUUAUCUCGGUUCGAAGCAAAUGCAGUGAUCAAUCAACGACCGGGGAAAGGUAUUAUGUCGUCAUCAUUCCAUACACAAAAUCAGAAAGUGGAUAUGCCUGUGCUUGCUGGUCUGUUGCCUUUUGAUUGGAUUUCCAGGGUUGAGAGAUUCUUCAGAAUUGGGAACUAUAACAACGAAGACAAGCUACAUUUGGUGUCGUUGAGCUUAGAAGGUCCAGUUCUUCAAUGGUUCAAUGGAGAGAUGAUGACAGAACCGUUUCAGAGUUGGAAUCAGUUUACAAAAAGGAUGCUCGAGAGGUUUGCUGGACCAAUUGAUAAUGAUCCGGCAGCGAGACUGUUCUGCUUACAACAGGAAGGCGACACUGUGGAUUAUGUGAAUGAGUUUGAAAUGUUGAGAAACCAAGUAACAUGGGUUGAUGAGAAGAAUCUGAUAAAAGUAUUCUAUAAUGGAUUGAAGCCUGAGAUGAAGGAGGUUAUUAGGAUGAAGGAACCAGUGAGCCUAACAAGUCACAAAUUAGCGGUGUUGAAAAUGCAGAGCACUACUUUUUGUAAGGUGAUUGGAUCUGCGGCUGUGGGUGAAACACAGAAAGGAUACAAGCGUCAGUCUUACUCUACUCGAAUUGCAAUCGUUCCACCAAAAAAAAUUGGUGAUCAGUCAAGUUUGGAAGCCGGAGCUAACAAAGAAAAUGCAGUUCAACAAAGACCAGCAUUGAGACCAAGACAACAAUAUUCAGAUGCGGAGCUUGACAGAAUGAGGAAAGAUAAACUUCAAGUUAUGGAUUCUCAAGAGGAAGACAUAUUUCAAGAACAACCGAACCAGCAAGUGCUACACACAUUAUCACUGAAUUCAUAUUUGGGAAUUGACUCUUCGAAGACUACGAAGAUGAGAGGUUACAUAAAUAACAAAGAGGUGAUAGUUAUGCUUGCUAUUGGAGCAUCUCACAACUUCAUAUCACCCGAAGUUGUGACCAAGCUACGACUGAAAGUUUCUGCUGACAGUAGCUUGGACGUGUUGUUGGGCAUAGGUGAAGUGGACUGGAAGGAGCAGGUAUUUUCGUUUGUCUAUGAAGGGAACAGAGUGACUUUGUUAGGAGAAAAGGCCCUAAACUGCAUGAAAUUCUAUUUCAAGUCAUUGAAACCAGUCUAUACAAGUGGUAAGAUAGGAAGAGAAGUUCUUCUUGCUUCUUCUAUAGCAACAUCUUUAUUUCCAGAAGUUCGUAUACAAUACUCCCAGAUACUCCAAGAAUUUGCUGAUGUGUUUUCAAUCCCUACUACAUUACCUUCAUUCCGGGGACAAAGACAUACAAUCAACCUAAAACCAGGAGUAUCUUCAGUGUCUGUUCGACCGUGUAGAUAUCCGCAUGCUAGCAAAGUUGCUAUGGAACAGAUGGUGAACGAUAUGUUAGCUACGGGUAUUAUACGGCCAAGCACAAGUCCAUUCUCAAGUCAUGUUCUUCUAGUAAAGAAGAAAGAUGUGUCUUUACGCUUUUGUGUUGAUUACAGGUCACUGAACAGAGCUACUAUACUGGACAAAUACCCUAUUCCACUAUCAUCAAAUAAGAAGGUGGAAGCUGACAUUCACAAGACGGCUUUUCGCAUAGUGGAAGGGCACUACGAGUUCCUAGUCAUGCCUUUUGGCUUAACAAAUGCGCCAGAUCCAGGCCCUUAUGAACAAGUUCAAACUGUGGAGUAUCUUAGUCACAUAAUAUCAGCAAACGGCGUAGCUACUGAUUCAGCAAAGACAGAAGAAAUGACUACUUGGCCAAUUCCGAAAACAUUGAAGCAGUUACGUGGUUUUCUUGGUUUAACGGGAUAUUAUCGAAGAUUCGUCAAGGAUUAUGGCAGUAUUGCUCGGCCACUGACUACUCUUCUGAAGAAAGAUCAAUUCUUCUGGUCACAGGAAGAACAAGCGGCUUUCGACCAGUUAAAGCACGCUAUGGCUCAUGCUCUGGUGCUGGCGUUACCAAAUUUUCAGGAAACCUUUGUGAUUGAGUCAGAUGCAUCAAGAUUUGGUCUUGGCGCUGUAUUAAUGCAAACCAAGCAACCUAUUGCCUUCUUUAGUCACGCGCUAACAACCAGGGAACAAAUGAAACCAGCGUAUAAACGGGAACUAAUGGCGAUAGUAAUGGCUAUCAGAAAAUGGAAGCACUAUCUGUUGGGUCGAAAGUUCCAUGUUCACAGUGAUCAACAGCAGCGUAGAUUAUCUCGUUCGUUGUCUACUUCUUCCAUGAUAUUGGCUCUUACUGUGCCGACUGUGCUCCAAUGGGAAGAUUUAUAUAAUGAAAUCCGAGCUGAUACAACAUUACAAGCUACAAUUUCGAAGUUAUUAAGUGGUGCUCUGGUUUCGAAGAAGUAUCAAGUGAUUGAAGGAAGGUUGUGGUCUAAGAAACAACUGGUCAUUCCGAAGACAUCUAAGUUCGUUCUAGUGAUCUUACAAGAGGCGCAUAACAGUAAGCUGGGUCGUCAUUCUGGUGUUUUGAAAACAGUUAAGAGAGUGCAGUGUUCGUUUUCUUGGAAAGGAAUGUAUAAGCAGAUUCACGAGUAUGUGGCUUCGUAUAAGUCAAGGCGUGAUCUGGAACUAGCUGUGGGUGAUAUGGUUUACUUGAAGCUCCAACCGUAUCGUCAGAAGACAGUUUCUCGCCGUUUCUGUCAGAAGUUAGUUGCAAAAUUCUAUGGUCCGUACAAGAUCAUUGAACGCAUUGGGAAAACAGCUUACAAGCUACAUUUACCCCCUGAGGCUCGUAUUCAUUCAGUGUUUCAUGUAUCUCAAUUAAAGUUGGCUUUGGGACAGCAGGAUCAGUGCAGUGAGUUACCUCCGAGCUGCAGUGUAGAUGACGAUGAAGUUAUCACGCCAGCGGAUGUAUUGGACAAGCGUUACAGCUCGAAGGGUGAACUUGAACUAUUGCUUGAGGGCAAGCUGAAUUUUGUUGGGGGAAGUAUUGAUAGGUACAAGAAGUCAUAUUACCGAAAAAGGAAGGGAAAAGAAGUGUGUGAAGUUGAGGGUUGGUAUAUUGAAGUGAAGAAGUUAGUAAAUAACAGAGAAGUGGAGAACCUUUUAGUUGAGAAAGAGUCUUUGCAGUAG